UUUAGGGCCCAUGAAAAUUUUAAAUUUUGCCCAAAACAGAAAAGCUAAAUGCUGAAGUAAAGUUAUAUAAGUAAAAAACAGUUAUUUAAUAUUGAUGUUAUUAUGGUUGGAGGGGGUCCAUGAAAUAACGGGAUCCUUUCAAGGCUUGCCUCUACACUUUGCUAGAUGGGACCAGGCGCGGGGACUGAAGCCCAGAAAUGCUAGGUAAAAUGCGGAAGUCAUUCAGCAGCUAAGGCAGGGCGAGGUGGGACCCAGGCAGGCUGAAGAGGGAGCCAGGUCCAGGGGUCACUGCGCCCUGGGACGGCUCCAAGCAGCACCUCUGUUGAACUGGGCUCAAGGAAUAGGGCCCGGGUGAUGGCGUGGGCAAGGGGGCAAAGUGCAUGUGGCAGAAGCAGGGGGGAGGAUAGGGAGAGCCAGAAGUUUCAGCGGGGUGACUGCGGCCAGACCCCGUGGAGAUAGCUCCUGAAUGGUGCACGUGCAUCUGAGGAUCGCGUGGGUAUCACUGUGGGGCUGCACUUCUCGGCUCCCGAGCGGCAGAGACUGCGGAGGGGUAUUGCAGCGUGGUCAAUGCGGGGCGCUCGGACCAUCGCGCUGUCAGACCGAGCGGUCGGCGAGUGGCGGCGGGUGAGUCCCGGGCGCAGCGGAGCUCGCCUUCAUCACCAGGAGCAAAGAGGAGGGGAAGCAGUGAAGAGAGAUCCACCCCUGGGGCCCAGUCCUGCACUCAGGGCCUUAGCCAUGGCGCCCCUGCUCACCCUGUUCCUGGUGGCCCUGGUGGGCCUCCCUCUGGCCCAGGCUCUGGACUGCCACGUGUGUGCCUACAACGGAGAGAACUGCUUCAACCCCAUGCGCUGCCCGGCCAUGGUUACCUACUGCAUGACCACGCGCACCUACUAUACCCCGACCAAGAUGAAGGUGAGCAAGUCAUGUGUGCCCAGCUGCUUCGAGACGGUGUAUGAUGGUUACUCCAGACACACCUCUACCACCUCCUGCUGCCAGUAUGACCUCUGUAACAGCGCUGGCCUCUCCGUCCCUGGGACCCUGGCCCUGGCCCCCAUAUUCCUGGCUACCCUCCGGGGUCUGCUCUAAACCCCUGCCCCCCACCCAGACCCACUCAAGGACAAAGUUCCGAGAGGCUCAGCCCUACCCUUUCACCCUGCACACGCCACCCACCUUCUGCACUCCCAGAGACCCCCCACCCCCCACCCAGCCACACCCAGGACUGCCUGCUGGAGUGCCCACCGCCCUGGGCCUCGCUCCCAGACCAUGACCUUCCAUGCCCGGGAGGUUGAUGUGGGAUCAGCCCUCCCAAAGGCGUCUGGCAAAGUGUGCUGCUUAGUUGGGGUCCUCAGUUGGCUGAGGAACACUGAUUUGCAGGGAGACUUGGCCCACCUUCGUGGCAGCUCUGGGAGCAAGGCCCUGCCACAGUCUGCGCAGUAAGUGUGGGGAGGCACAGGGCAAAGUCGGGACAGGAUGGGUGGGGGACCAUCCUGGGAAGAAGGGCUUGCUGGGGCACCAGGAGGGCGGUCUCUGGUCUGACUGAGGCCAGGAGCUGCCCAGGGUAGGUGUGGCAUAGAGGGCCAUGUGAGGAAGGCCUUUGUCCCUGUCAGAUGUCCCAGGUAGGAGUGCCAGGAAGCCUGGUGUAUCCAGGCAGCCCUUGGCUGGGGGCUUGGGGGUGGGCUCAUCCUAAAGAGGACCCUCGGGCCCCCAGUCCCAGAAGCCUGGUAAGAGGUUCUUCCCUUCUUGCUCUGCCAAAUCCUUGACCUUUCCCCCUUCCCCACCCUGGCCUGAGGCCGGCCGGCACUUGGGGGCAGGGCAGGCAGGCGGCUAUAUUUGGUGGAGCUUGAGAGCUGACCCCAGGGCUAUUUUUGGCAGGGAGGGGAAGGAAGCUGAGUGGGGCCAAAAGAGCCUGGCCUUCAGCCCAAGCAUGCCUGUUAAUGGAGGGGGGUGAGCUGCAGCAGGCAUCUGAGAGAAUGUGCUCACCUGAGUCAGCCAGGGCUAGGGGGAUCCUGGAAGCCCCCCGCCCGGGGCAGAGGCUGGGAGAGGCGGGGUCUGGGCUGCAGAUGACCAGGCUCCCCCCAGAAGCUGCGCCCCGGGAUUUCCUCUGCAACCCCAAUCCCAACAACCACUGUCCACACCCUCUGGCCCCCUUCCGCUGUGGCCCGCAGGCCUGGCUGAAUGAGUGCUGGCUGAGCUGGCCUUGGACCCAAAGGCUGAGCCCAUCAGCCUGAGAGUCUCCACAGGACCCUCUACCCUCUGACUCCACCUGAGGGGGGAGAGAGAGGUCCACCCUGGGCUGAAGAGCUCCCUCCUUGAUUUGAGGAGUGGUCUGCAGGUGCCCCCAACCCAGUGGGGCAUUGGGACCCCCAAGGGCCCAAGAAUUGGCAUUAUUUAAAGGGUACCCAGCCUAGGUGAAUCUCAUCCCUGGCCUGCUUUGGGAAACAAGAGUCCACCCAGCACAGCACUGCCCAGCUGGGGAUAUGUCUGCCCAGCACAUAUCCAGCCCUUAUCCUGGAUAUAAGGGCUACCUGACCAUUGUCCCCACCUCUGGUGUCUGUAGAGGGGCCCAGGACCCCCUUCUAGCUGUCUGGUCCUAAGUUGGCAGGAUUGUGGCAAAUGCCUAUGUGGUGCGAUUGUCCCUGGAACUCAGGAGCCCAUGGCCCCCAAACGUGGCCCUCAUCAGGGGGCCUGUGCUGGAGAGUCUGCCUGGAGAGCUUCAUCCAGUGCCUCCAGAGCUCAAGGGAUUGGGAGAGCCUGCGUGAGCCUCAGUAGGGGUCCUCAGGCAGAGCUGGUUGGACCUCCCAGAAGGUCCGGGAAGAUGGGCCUCAUCCUGGGCGGGAAGGAGCUGCACCCCAAGGAGUGUCUGGUUAAGAACUCAGUCCCCACAGGAGACCUGGGUGUCUCCUCCCCAUGAAGCCCAAUUCAGUGUGAGCCCUUCCCUGGGGGAGGCUGGGAGCAAGCCAGACCCCAGCCCUGAGCUCCCACAGGUCCAGCAGGACCCCCCAGAAGGGUCAGCCUCGGGGAAAUGACCCAGCUCCCCCACAGAGCCGGCUGGAAGGCCAGCAGAGGCCUCUGGAUGCGGAAGCCAGCUGGAAGAAAGGGUGAACGUGGGCCUCCAGCCCUAGCCACCCUUGGCCUCCUGACUCAGAGGGAGAGGCUUGGAAGCAGUUGUUAAACUGCUUGUGUAAGACCUUUGUCCUGGGUCAGCAGGUGUCCCAGGCCACAGCUGGGAGGAGCACAGGAUCAGUCCUCCCUCCCCUCAGUGGGUGAUGAAGUUAGAGGCCUGCCUGGCCACCUGUGGGCUCUGGGGUCACUGAGAGCAGGGACCUGGGCUUGCUGCAGUAUGGGGGUGCCUCUUAUACCUGCCUUCUGUCCCCCAUCUGUCCAUCCUCCGCUGUGACCUGGUCCAAACCCAAUACCCACAACAUUGCACCCGGCCCGCAGGAUAAUGCCCCCGCCCCACCCACCUACCCCCAGGCCCCUGGCCGGCUGGGCUGCCUUCAGAACCCAGCACAGAGCCCUCGGGAGGCCCUCAACUACUACGGGGCCGGCCCCUAGUGGGAAGCCUGUGUCACUGAACUCGAAGGGCAGUGCCAGUGGGGACGGCACUCACGAGGACGGGAGCUGACCUCUGUGGCUUCCCUUGUCCCGGCUGCAAGCUCUCCGCGUCCACCCUGCAAGGUGUGAACCAUUACCACACCCCCAUUACAGGUGAGGAAGCUGAGGCCCAGCGUGACCGGGGUGCCCAAACACCACACCCCUGCCCCGCUGUGCAGAGUCUUCUCCCACCAGCUGGGAGACUGCAUCCCUGAGCCCGGGGCGGGGCAGCCGAGGAGGGGGAUUGUAAACUGAAAGCGAUCUGAGCCUGUGAAAUACUUCUAAGAGCUUAGGGUCAGGAAAGCUCUAGAAGGAUAAGAGUGGAACCAGAGAUCUGAGGAGCCCUGAGGCCCCCAGGCAGGCGUCCAGCCCUGUGUCUGUGUCCCGGACCGUGGGCUGGGGUCACAGAGAGGAUGGCACAGGGGCAGCGGGCUGCCCCCAGGCAGUGGGCAUGUCCGCUGUGGGGAUCCCUCCAGUGGAAGUGAGUACCCCCUCAAUGUGGAUAGAUGCUCGGGCUCCCCAAAGCUCUCUGUGGUGUCCCAAGUCUGGAAGCCGCCUGAGCGUCUCUGUGCCGUGCCGCCGCCUGUGGCUACCCUCAGAGCCCAGCUGAGGAGCUGAGGCUGCAGGUGCUGACCCCGGGGGCACAGGUUGGCGUCUGCAGCCAGAGGCAGCUCCAGAGCUGUGCAUGCAGCCUAGCCCCGCUGCAUGCAGAAGGCACCAGGAAGGGGUGCAUCCAGAGCGCCAGCCCCACCAGCCCCACCAGCCCCGCUGCUGGUGCCCUGGUGCUGGGCGGGGGAUGGGGAGGCUGGACCAACCGCCCCAUCUCCCUUGGCACUGGCUGAUUUGUUUGUUAAACAUGUAUCUUACCUCUGAAAAGGGUACAAAGAAACUGGGACACCUCUUUCUUUCUCCUGCCUCCCCUCAGUGAGUUUUGUUGGAUCCUACAACUCGGGGUGCCUGGAGGUCAUCACUCACGUCUCUGAGCCUCAGCUGUCUCAUUGACAAAGUGGGAAUGAUGGUUCCCACCAAGCCGAGGCCUCAGGGGGAUGGACGAGGCUGUGGGUGUACGUGCCCAGCCCAGGGCUUAGCACACAGGCCUCCGAUGGACAGACGGACGGAUCGGUGGGAGGUCCCUCUUGCCUUCAUGCCACUUGCGAGGUCUGGGCACUUCGAGGGCCGUGCCCCUGCCAGCAGCUAAUGCUAACCCCUAGCCCUGAUUCUGACCUUGACCAGCAUGAGAAUCCACCCUCAGGCCAGGGUGCCCUCCUUGGCUCACUCUAGCCCUCAGAGAGGCCCCCUCAGUAUCUCGAGUGUGUGAAUAAAUGGAUGAAUAAA